CAAGACCAGGGCCCUGUGCAAAAGCAACAAGAAGCUACCAGUACCAAGAGCAAGAACCGGAGCAAGGACAAGAGCUCACCUGCCUUUCCGUCCGUCUGUAGCGCAUCCAUCUUCACCCACCUGAGCCUCCUCCACCUCUCCUGCCCCCUUUCUGCGCGAACCGUGCUUGCAUCUGCCUGCCCUGGCACCUCCACCUGCCUCAGCUGGUACCCAUCCACCAACCUGCCACCGACGGGUACCUGCCGCCCCCUUUCCCGCACAUCUCCCGACCUAAAUACCGACACCCUCUCGGUCCCGUCACCGAGAAUCAUCCAUCGCCGCCGCUGAUAGCUACCGACCAGCCUGCCUCGCUCGUUCCGGCAACCUAGCCUAGAAUCCCAAUCCCAACCCUCGGCCCGCACCACCCACGAAACGAGCGGGACCUACGACGACGUUGCACACAGCUGCCGUACGAGCGAGCUAGACCAAUUGACACGACAGCUCGAGGCGCGCUCCUGCCUGAUUAGCCCUAUCCGCCUCCUUCGACGCCGCCCACGGAUAAGCCAUAGACUCUAUUUUCGCCAAGACACGGCUUCAGAACUUGCCUCGGAACCUUGAGCGGCCACCUGGCCCCUCCGCUUCCCUCGCCCACACCGGCGUCGCCCUAUUCCGCCAGUAACCUCUAGGAGAAACCAUAGCCACCAACGAGACUCGAGGCGCUGUGUAACUCGCCGUCCAUUCGUUCCCGAGCCCUCGCAUAUCCCACACAAGGCCACGCAAUCCGCGCCGACGCCCUCUCCACCCAGGCCAUCAGCGUCGCCCACAGCUCGGUCAGCGGCUCGCGGUGGGACGUCGCCGAGGGGGCCUUUGGUCUUGGUGCGUGCGAUGUGGGGGGUUGGCGUAUCUUGAGAGAUUCUGCGCCGCCAGGAUCGACAUCUUCAGCGAGAUUCUUGACGAGGAUCCGACGCCUUAAGCCAAUAGCCCAUCGCCCGCAUCGAAAGGUGGAGAUACUAGAUCGAAACCUACCGAGGAUCCUCUUGAAAUCAGCAUUCUGUUCCCCGGCAGCCGUCCACCAUCAAUCCACGCACCCAAGUCCCUCGAUCGCUUUCCCCCUUCCGCCUUUCCGACUCUAGUCCUCCCUCUGGCAUGGGCAUGGAUUCCCGCUUCGUGGCCAGCCGGGAGGAUCUUUACAAUGUCCAGAUGGAAGUGAAGCAGCUACAGGCCACGCAGCACAACACCACGGAACGCCUACUGCGUGUUGAGAGACGGCUGGCCGAGGACGCGGCCGUCAAGUCGGUCUGGGCCACCUCGCCGUUCCCCAGCGCCCUGAGCGGCACCCCUCAGCAUGGUCCCCUCCAAAUCCCGCCCGGCGACGUGUUUGACGAGUUCGACGAGCAUGGCCAGAACCUGCUCGGCUCCCUGCAUCUGGAUGCCGAGGACGAACCCAUCCGACGCGGGGCUGCGUCGAGAGCGAACAGUGUCCGAUUUGACGAGAGCGCGCUGCACGGCGCCAAUUGGGGCCAGGGCGCACGGCAGGCGGGCGACUUUGCUCCCAUCCGACCCAGCAGCGGCUUCGGUAUGAUGGAGAGGUCCCUUUCCCACAAGUCAGACGGUCGACAUAGCUCCGCCGGCCACUCGGUUCACUCGGUGCACUCGAUAGCCUCGGGCCGGGGAAGUAGCCUGGGACUAGACACGCACUUUAUGGGCGUUGGGCGAGAGGACGACUCUCCGCAAGACAUCCCUGCGCCGCCUCCCGGUCUUCUUGUUCUGGGCUCUGUUCCUGCUAUUGUGCGGUGCUGGCUGUCGGAGAACUUUGCUCACAACACGCUACUCUACGCGGAUGUCUGUUCAGGAGCACAACGCUCGACGCUGGAAUACUCUCUCGUGAAGGAGCUCGGGCUCGAGCAGGACAUCCAAAAGGGCGCAGACGGCGUCAGCCGCCUGACUGUGACGGUCUACCUGGCCGAGGCCAUCGUAGCCCAGUCCAACUCGACGAGGUCGCCAGCCCCGGGCCCCAACAUACCGUGCAUGACGGUCAACUUCGAACUGACGGGUAUAGAGCAAGCCGAGACCCGGGAGGCGGGCAAGGCCAUCCGCAUCUUCAUCGGCACCGACGCCCUGCGUGCUCACAGUGCCGAUCUUCUCUUCUCGCAGAACCUCAUGACGCUGUACAGCCGAGACCGAGACAAACUGUCGGUUCCCUUUGUACGGCCCGAGGACGACUCGCUUUUUCGCUUCCUGGCGACAACAAAUCUGGUGCCGGAAAAGCCCAAACUCAACGCGUCGGCGCCUGAAUUCAUCCUAAAUAACAUCAAGCCGCCGCCGCCCGCUGGGGCACAGCACACAGGCUUGCAAACCCCGACCGAAAAGGAGAACAAGGGAGAAAAUGGCUCUCCGGGACUCCCGCAUUACCAGGAUUCCAACUUUGGUCCUUCGAGCGAACAUUCUGAGAGCGGCGGCGAGAGCGAGAGGGCUUCCAUGGACAAGGCCAACAACAACACGGAGCACUCGGGCAGUGAAAAGGAGGUGCCGGUUUCGUCUACAGAGAGCGCGCGUCGAGAUUCGACGGGCAUCUGGGGCUCUUGGCGCAACAGCACAACCAACGGCGGUGGCGGCGGCGGCGGCGGCGGUGAACAUAGUCAACGCUCCGAAAACGGGCUAAGUGGCUACCAACCGGCAGGGCGCAGUCGCAUGAAGGUGCUCAAGCCGAGCAAGUCGCUGAACUCGUCUUCGACGCGACCAGGGGCGCCGUUCGAAUCGCCGGCUGCUACGAGAUCGAUCAACGAGCACAGGCGGAAGAGCCACGCCGGCGUCGAGAGCGCCCCCGCCAGUGCGACGUCGGCUACUGGAAGCACAGUCCGCUGGGAGAAGCGAAGCGUCAGCGGCACCGUCAGCAGCAGCAUGGGGAUGGCGGUCAAGGAGCCCAAGGUGCAGAGCGCAACCUUGGAUAACCGAAACCCACCGUCUAUCCUGCCGCGGUCUGUCAACCCGGUUGGAGGGGCAUCUGCCUUUUCGUGGAUGACUCCCACGUCGAAAACCCCCAAGACGCCAACAUUUGCUGAUUGAGCAAAGACGUGCGUGCCUGGUAGCUCUGUUAGUGCCUUGCGUUUUCUCAACACCCCUUGUCAACACUAGCCUCCAUCUUCGCUGCGUUACCCGCGCUCCAAGCUGCUCCAUUUGAGACAAUGAGAGCUUUGAUUGUCGUAACUCCUGAGGCUUGUCCCUUUUCACUCGGCCGGUCAUGAGGGCGGGAAGUUCACGGUUAAACUGGGCGAGGCAGCCAGCCACUGUUCUUGUUCCUCUGUAACGCCUAAUUUCGCUCUUGGGAGGAUCCUCACCGCGAUGACUUGUCGGUGCUAUGGAGAAGGAAUACGGAGCCGAAGAAGCGGAGUAGACAAGAAAAGCCAGAAAAAAAAGACGAUAAAAAAUAAAGAGCCAAACUUACAAGCCAGGUAUGGAUACCUACCAUGUCUGUAUGCCGGUGCACCGCUGUCACAGAGCCGAGGUGUCGAGAGUGUGGUGAGAG